UCGAGCUUGCCAUUGAGUCCUCCUCUGCCCUUUCUCUCUCUCUCUCUCUCUUCCGGGUCUCUCUUGCGCUGCGAGAUCUGUUUUGGCCGUGUGGCUGUUUGAUACUAAGGUGCGUUGGCGUUGCUGUCGUCUACAACGCCUAUAGAAACGCCGCUUCUUCCACACACGCACACACACACGCACACGCACACGCACAAAGACAGCAUGGCCCCCCGCAAGCUCAAAAUCGCCAUCUCGGGCCUCGGCCGCAUGGGCGCGCGUCACGCCAUCAACUUCCACACGCGGACGCCGCGGUGCGACGUCGUUGCGGCCUUCACGCCGGACGCCAAGGAGGCGGCGUGGGCGGCGCAGAACCUCGAGGGCGUCACCGUCUACGACGACUACGACGCCAUGCUGCGGCACCAGGGGCUCGAGGCCGUCGUCGUCGCUACCGUCACUACUGCCCAUGCUGAGCAGGCUAUCAAGGCCAUUGAGGCGGGCAAGCACGUCAUGUGCGAGAAGCCCCUGAGCACGAGUAUCGAGGUGUCCCAAUCGGUCGUCGACGCCGCGGACAAGCGGCCCGACCUGAAGGUGCUGUGCGGCUUCUCGCGGCGCUUCGACGCCAGCUACCGCGACGCGUACGAGCGGAUGAAGACGGGGGGCAUUGGCAAGCCGUCGGUGUUCCGCAGCCAGACGUGCGACAAGCUGGACCCGUCGGGCUUCUUCGUCGAGUACGCGCGCUUCUCGGGCGGCAUCUUUGUCGACUGCAACAUCCACGACAUUGACCUGGCGCUGUGGUACUUUGGGCAGGACUGCAAGGUCAAGUCGAUAGUGGCCAUGGGCAUCACGGCCGUCGAGCCCGACCUGCGCAAGUACAACGAUGUGGACAACGGCGUCGGCGUCGUCGAGUUCUGGGACGGCCGCAUCGCCUACUUCUACUCGUCGCGCAUGAUGGCCGCCGGCCAGCACGACAUGAGCGAGAUCAUCGGCACGGCGGGCAAGAUCGUCGUCAACGCCAACCCGCAGUCGAACCUGGUCGAGCUGCACGAGCCCGCGGGCAUCCGCCGCGAGAUCCCCGGCCACUACUACGGCCGCUUCGAGCAGGCCUUCGUCACCGAGGCCAACGAGUUCGUCGCCGCCUGCCUCGACGACACCGAGCUCCCCUUCAAGGUCUCGGGCGCUGUCCAGGCCGUCAAGAUCGGCUGCGCGCUGCAGGAGAGCUUGAACUCGGGCAAGAAGAUCUUCUUCGACGAGUCGGGCCGCCGCAUUGAGAAGGCCAACUUGUAGGCGUGCCAGAGAUGCGCCACAGGUGGUUCAUGGUCCAUACCACAGACGAGCCUGCAAGCUGGCUCACAGGGCCCGCAUCCCAGCCAUAUACAUACGUUCCUCGUAGGAGUAGCGAAACACCCGUCCGCCAUUCGAGUAAAAAUGCCACGAGCUC